GAAUAUAUUAUGGGGGAACGACUGGAUGUCAAAUCGAAACUAUCGGAGGCAGUAGACCCUUGGAAUACAGAGAAAGGGCAGAGCUGUAGGGGUCGUUUGGCCGAGAGAGGUCCAUUUUGUUGUGUAAAGCCUUGGACAGGAGUUACUUAUGGGAUAUGCUUCAUUCAGAAGAGUGAAUUUGCGAGGACUAUAGGCGAGUGAAACUGAGAGGAGUCUUGUGAUGUAUUUUAGCCGGAGCUAUGUACUGUAACGAUCGAUGAAGAGACAAGCGCAUGUGACAUAGCUUCGCUAUCGAUCGAUAAACAGCUAACGCGGAGCUGGCGCUGCUGCCUUCUGUAGCCACUGUAUACACAUUCAACUCGUCGGCUUUCCACCAAAAUGUCUACGAAUAGACCAAGACCCUCUGUUCGGCCAUCGCUCCCACCUAUGCCAGACCUAACUCAUUUGACUGAAGAUGAACGCAAAAUUAUAGAGGAUGUAUUGAAACGUCAGCAUGAUGAAGAGGAGAAAGAGCAAGAUAUGAUAAGGCAGAUGCAGACUGAUCUGGACACAUUUAAAACCACAGUGGAAAAGGUAAAUGAAGAAGCCAAGAAGGUUGGCCCCCCUAAUCAGGACACCGGUGCCAUCUGCCAGAUUUGUCACAAAACAAAGUUUGCUGAUGGAGUCGGACAUCGCUGUAACUACUGUCAUUUACGUUCGUGUGCCCGAUGUGGAGGGAGAAUGACCCUGAAGCCGAACAAGAAACCUCCCCCUGGGCCGAAACCAGAAGCAGUGAUGGUGUGGGCCUGCAAUAUGUGUAAGAAAAAGCAGGACAUUUUGGCAAAGACUGGGCAGUGGUAUCAUGGAGGUAUGGCUAAGCCUGUCCAACUGGAUGCUCUACCACAGGGGGAGGGUACUGCUGGACAAAACAUCAGUCCUCCAAAUGAAAAACGACCAAAGAUGCACGGGGAAGGGCCUGAUAAAGAAAAUAUGGAUGACAAAAAAGGUCACAAAAUCGUACGGACAGGAAGUUUGCAGGGGAGGGAACUGAAGAGACAGUUUUCGUUGGAUGCUCAAAAAAAUCAUAGUGAUAGAACAGGGUCUCAAAAUCUUACUCCAGACAUGGCCGACAAAGAGAAAGGGUCACGUGACAGAGGUCAUCUACCAUCAGAAAGGGGUCGAACUCGUGACCGUUCCCCUGCUGCCAACCGCCACCAUAGUGAGUCUCGGCUGUCAGAAACAGACAGACGAUAUAAUGCUCAAGAAUGGAGAAAUAUUGAACAGGAAUCACGGUAUCGCCGAGGGGAUGCAGGUCGCGAACCUCGGUCCCGGGAUCAGUCCAGGGACCCGGAACAUAUGGACAAAGGGAAAUACUCAGAGGAUAAACGGCGAGAUCCACACGUGGAUAGGCUAAUGGAUGACAGGGAUAGAAAAAGGGAAAUAUCCCGAGAAAGGUCAAGGGGAGCUCGGGAUGACGUAACUGUACGAUCGACCAGGGAUGGACGUGACGAUCGGUCAAAUCGAGACCCGCGGGAUUGGGAAGAGGGUUCACGAAGGCGGGACGUACCCGGUGAUAAACGCAAGGAUAGACAAUCAGCGCAAGUAGAUAAUCUUAAUAUCUACGACUAUGCAGAUAAGGAUAUGAAAGGUUCAAGAGAAAAGUUGGACUCUCUAGAAAAUGACAAGCGCAGAGUUCGGGACCCUCACGGAAAACCCGGCGGGUCACCCCACUCACGUGAUAGCCAACAAAGCUCUAGACAUUUAAACAAUAGACAUCCCCGUGAUAGACUAGGUAGUGGAAGCAAGGAUAGGCGGUCACCCACAGUGGGAGAUACACGGGAACGACGGAAAGACCCGGAAAUAUAUAAUUCCCAUGUACGAUCACCAAGCCUUAAUCGGCAUAAUAUACGUAUAGAACGGGUAGGGGACUCUCCUACUGUAAUGGAAGAUCAAGUUGAUAAAUACCACGAUAAAAAGCAACAUCUCGAUCCCAGUACUGCUGCCACGGGACGCAACUCUCGUAGUCGCAAGUUAGAUAUAUCAAUGUCUAGAAACGAUUCUUUAAGUUCGGAUCCAUCCGACUGUGCUAGACCGCCUCCCCCGAAACCCCACAAACAUCGGAGGGGCAAGAAACUCCAGCAGCAUUCUAUAAGUAGCUCUGAUGACGAAAUUCGCUCAACACCGGAAUGUUCCAGCUGUGAAGAACCAGAUUUGGAAAUAGAAAGCGUCAUAAGUGAAAAAGGAGAAUUUGAAAUGGGAGAGGAACGCUGGAGAAAAGAUGAAAUACUAGCAGCAAAAAUCAAAAAGUUUUUAUCGCAUCCAGUUACUUGGCAGACAUCUGCGGAUGGAGCGAAACGGAUUGGUCACAUGAUACUGAAGAAAACAGUUUUGGAAGGUACGGGAAAAGACGACUCUGGUGCGAUCUUGGGUUUAAAGAUAGUCGGUGGACAGGGAACUGAACAAGGGCAAUUUGGUGCUUUCAUUACAAAAGUCAAAAAGGGUAGCAUAGCUGAUACCGUGGGUCACCUCCGCCCAGGUGAUGAGGUGAUUGAAUGGAAUGGACGUGGCCUUCAGAGGGCGACCUUUGAAGAGGUCAAGGACAUAAUUCUAGAAUCAAAACAAGAACCACAAGUGGAACUUAUUGUACAUAGAAGUGUUAGUACGGGAGAAAUUCCGCCAGGUGUACAACCGACAGUGGACCAUUCUCACGGUCGCGACAGUCACAGUACCCGUGACUACGCCCACAGCCGAGACCACAGGGAUCAUCGUGAUCGUGACCGUGACCGUGAUCGUGACCGUGAUCGUGACCGUGACCAUAGAGACAGAGAUUACCGACAUAGUAAAGAUACAUUAAGUACGGGUCAUCAUUCAAGUCGACCAAGUGUGAUGGUCACCUCACCCGGCUCUUCAGUAGAACCCCGGUCGCGGGCCAGUUCACCUCCAAUUUCAGGGAAAAUACAGGUGAAAAUAUGGUACAAUGCAAAAGGUAAUGAGCUGAUUAUCACAGUCAUUAGUGCUCUAGACCUCCCUCUGACAGACCAAGGCAAAUUCCGCAACCCCUACUGCAAGUUAUAUCUACUACCGGAUCGAAGUGACAAAAGCAAGCGGCGUACGAAGACCCUUUCAAACACCAAUGACCCAACAUGGAACCAAACGUUUAUGUUUUAUCCGGUUCAGGAGUCGGAUUUCCGUUCGCGCGUCCUUGAGAUUACAGUUUGGGAUUAUGAUAGGAUAGGCGCCAGCGAAUUCUUAGGGGAGGUUUUGAUAGACAUUCAUUCCUCCAAUUUAAAUGAUGAUCCUCUUUGGUACCAAUUGGGUCAUCAUGACGAAACUAGCAUUCCCCUGCCACAAUCUUCGCCACGAACGAAGUAUAGCCAAGAUCCUCAUGACCCGAGAAAAGCUCUGUCUCCCCCAGUCAGUUUACGUGGCCUCAGUGACAGCGAUAUGUCCGAACUGGACUUUGACGACAGUGUAGGAGUUAUACCAGAUCAUCUCAAGGCAGAUGGUCUUUUUCCAGAUUGUGUAAGAGAUGACCGAAACGAACGCCGCCGAUUGGCAGGCAAGAACAAUGAGAUGUUGUCAGUGCCCAGAGACCAAGUGCCCUCUACCCAUCAAAGUUCAAGGUCGCCACAUCCGCCAGAGAAAGGUCACUCUAGCAGAACAAGGUCAAGAUCGCCUUCCUCCUACCACCGUGUGCCUGAAUCAGUGUCUCGGUCUCUUUCACCUCCAGAGUUAAGUAAAUCAUCCCCAAAGCGAAGAAAACUACCGGCAAUUCCACUAGAAGCUCAAAUGGCAAGUCGCGACAAAGCGACACAAGACUUGGAGAAACGAGCUCAGAAGCUGACAAUGAAAAUGAAAAUGUCCUCCAGUGGUGCAAAUGUGUCUGACAGUGAAAGUUAUCGCAGUAGACGGGACUAUCACCGGGGUGACUUCCGGGAGCGAUCACGUGAUCGAGGCAUGUCAGGUGAUAGAGGAGAAAUGAUGUAUGAACGAGGUGGGCAUGGUGGCCAUGAUUUUGAACGAGUGCAUCAUCACCGUAGAUCAAGAAGAAAUCCAGAGUUUAAUCCGGAUCUGGGUGACGACAUGGGAAGUGACGCCUCCGAAACUAGCGAUAUGUCUGAAGUAUCUAAAGUGAGCACGCUCAGUGUCAGAUCGACACAGUCGGAUCAUCCUCGGCGAACGUUCAGCGAGUUUUCGCAGAGAAUGGGUAUUCGGACCACUAUCCCUCGCCGCCAAGUGACACCUAGCUCUAGCAGCGACAGUCGUGACAGUUACGAGAAGAAUGAUGGCAGUAUGUCCGACUCUGCUCUUAGUGCCAGCGUGACAGAAGGUCGCAAACGGAGACCAAGUCUUGGCCACAAAAUGGCAACCUUUGUGGGCUUGCCAUGGAAGAGUAACAGUGCCUCACAGUUAGCGGAGGCUGGGAAGAAAAAGAACUCAUUCCAAAGAAGUGUAGAGGUCGGGCAUGGUCUGGAACCAAAGUACGGAAGAAUGGUGAAACAGGCGAGUAAGGAUUCGACAGAUGGCAGUAUUGGCAGCAUCAGUAGUGAUUCCGGCAGUGUGGUCUGGCUGCCCCCUGGUGGUAACCCUGCCCUUGGACCCGAGGGCCAGUUUGGAGAAUUCAUCGAGGGCCUAGGACCCGCUCAGCUCGUUGGCCGACAAGUUCUAGGCUCGCCAUGUCUUGGUGAAAUCCAGCUUGGCCUAUAUGACAGGAAAGGUCACUUGGAGGUUGAAGUCAUACGUGCUCGAGGUUUGAUGGCAAAAUCGGGAGCAAAAAUCUUACCAGCUCCGUAUGUUAAGGUGUACCUCAUUGAUGGUAAAACCUGUGUAGAGAAACAGAAGACAGUGGUGGCCCGGCGAACCCUAGACCCCCUCUACCAGCAACAGCUCGUCUUUAUGGAACAAUAUGGGGGCAAAAUACUCCAGGUAACAGUGUGGGGAGAUUAUGGACGAAUGGACAGGAAAGUGUUCAUGGGAGUAGCGCAAAUUCUACUGGAUCAUCUAGAUCUAACGAACAUUGUGAUUGGCUGGUACAAGUUGUUUACUAGUAACUCAUUGGUCGGUCAUCACUCGUCCACUUCCACACUCGGUCAUUCCCGUAAAGGCUCAACUACUUCGCUAGACAGUGGCUAUAAUAACAGUAGCCCAAGGACAUAGCACAUCGCAACAACAUAGCAAUGACAAUUAAUUAAUGUAGUAAAAGGAGAAAUUGUACUUAAUCACAGACAAGAUAUAAAUGUAUAUAUCAUUCAGACGCAGAGGAAAAUGGCGACCUCUCCGUGGGAUGCUGAGCCCGGAUAGCAGGAAUAUUACUUCUGCUUAGGUGGAUACAAGUCCUAGGAAUGGUGCAGUAUUUAAUGUGUUCACCAAGAACAUAAAUUUUUACAAGAUGUAAGAAAUUACUCAUGUCAUGGUUAUGAUAGAUAUACGGAAAGUGAAGUUACAUAUGACAACACACUUAAAUUGUCACAUAUUGUGCUAUGGACAUAUGAUGUGAACAUUCAGUAAAUCAAGCUUUAAAUACUCGUAAGUAGAUUGUGAUGGUCUUGGUUCUAGUCAUAAUCUAGGACAUUUAUAAAUACAUUAAUUUUCAAAGUGUGUUUCUCAAGUCAUUUUAGUCAUUACUGAAUGACAUUCGGUAGCAUCCAUCCCCCCAUUCCUAAAGAAAGGUGAGAGAAUCAUUGGUAUGUAUAGACAUUACAUUCCAUAUUAUCCGAUAGUGUUUAUUAUAUAUUAAAAUUGAUUGCCUUUUUUAUACCACAAUUAAUCAACCAUUGUAAGAUGGCCAUCAUUAGUCUACCUGAUCACCCUCGUUAUCUGGUUGGAGUGGAUUUUCCUUUUGAUAUUGGGUUGAACCAAGUUGUAUUCAUUGGGAGAUAGUUUGCUGUCUGUUUUGUGCGAUUUUCUCAUCACCUAUCUUCUUGAACAAAGAAGCACCAUUAGUGCUAGCUAGCAAGUACACUGGUAGAUUUUACGGAUAUUAUACUAAAUAAUGUCUAGGUCGUUGAUUGCUGGAUAAAUUCUAAAUAAACGUUUCAUGAUAAUUUAAGGUCAGGAUCGUUUGUUGAAUUCCAAGGUUACAUCCAAGGUUGUGUUUAUUGCAUGAAGUCAUUUGUAUGAAUGGCAUUAACUGUGAGAUGAUUUAUGUAAAUAAGUGCAAAGUUUGAGAGAUAUUCACCAAUAGAAUCGACAGAGGUCUUGAAGAUUAGUGCUUUUUGUUGGAACUUGAAGAAAUUCUAUAAUUGUUUGAUAAAACCAUGCAAGUAUGAAGAUAUGGAUUGUUAUAUAUGGAGUUGUAUAUUAAGUUAGAGAGAGCUAGAAAAUAUUGUUACAAAAUGCAUCUAUAUGCUGCAUAGAGGCAAACGGGUUAAAUCGCCGGAGAGAUAUAUUGUCAUUUCAAUUAAGACCAUGGUCAUCAGGAUAAAUGCUUUGCUUGUGAAUAAACUGGAAACUUAAUUUUAUACAACUGCUGACUAAGUGCGGAAAAGCGAUUAGCCAUAUAAUCUUCUUUUGCAUAUGCGAAUGUGUUAAUUCUGCCUGUCAGUUGAAUAUUUAAAUCACCUUUCAUUUGCAUAUGCAAAUGCGUUUUAGUUGAAUUUUUAAUCAGUGUGAGUAUUGCUAGAUAGUGAUACGAAGUCUAUCUUCUCCUUGACUACAAAUGUUGAUGUAUAAUUGUAGUUUUUUUUAAAUGCAUUAAUCACAUAGUUAUAAA